UUAAAUAAUGAAUUUGAUGCUGUAUUUUAUGAUCAAGAUCAUAUUUUCGAUCAGAACUAACAAACAAUGAAUUGAGUUAUUUAUUUAUUAUUUAAACUAAAUGUGGAAUAUCUGCUAUUUUAAUUAAAUGUAAAGGGAACAAAACAAAACGCAUUCCCUGAAUAAAAUAUCUUGGGAACCACAUUCAGACUGUGAUCAAAGACAUGGAUAUUGUUAACGAUGAUAGUGAUAUUGAUAAGUACUUCAAAGAUAGCAUAUUUUCUUCAGAACUACUAAAUAAGUUGAACAACAUUGAUAAUAAUGAAUCCAAUGGAAGAACAAGACCUACUGCGAGUCAACAUAAUUCAGGAUACAAGAAACUUAAAUUAACUAUCUCAAAAUCAAAGUCUACUACCACAACUAAUACAUCAACGAAUCAAAGCACAGGCAAAACCAAAUUAAAGACAAAGAGUACAUCAUUAAGAAGAAAGGAUAAGUUAUCUGAAACUAACAAAGAAAAUACUAAUAUCCCUUCAAGUCUGAAUCCAAUAGCAGAGCAGUUCAUUACAUCUGAAUUAUCAGUUCUACGUACUGAAAAUAAUUCAAAUAGCAAUGCUACAACAAAUGAUAUAAGUAGAGCAAAAUCAGCUAAUAACAGUGCCACUAUAAACAGUACAGAAAAAUCGUUGGAAUCACAUUCCUCUGUUUCUAUUAUUCCUACUCAAGAUCGCUGUAAAUUAUCUUCCUGGGGUUUGCCAACAAAUAUUCUUAAGAGAUAUGAAGCAAGAGGAGUGACGACUAUGUUUGCUUGGCAAGUAGAAUGCUUAUCAAAUCAUAAAGUUAUUGAGGAGAGACGUAAUCUCGUAUACUCAGCUCCAACGUCUGCUGGAAAGACGUUGGUAGCAGAAAUUCUAAUGAUGAAAACAGUUUUAGAAAAACGAAAAAAAGUGAUUUUUAUCCUACCAUUUGUCUCUGUUGUCAGAGAAAAGAUGUACUAUUUUCAAGAUUUGUUAUCAGAUAGUGGAGUUCGAGCAGAAGGAUUUAUGGGUGGGAUUGUGCCUCCCGGAGGGUUUGCAGCAACCCAAGUUGCAAUAGCAACUAUUGAAAAAGCUAAUUCGUUAAUAAAUCGAUUAAUGGAAGAGAAUGAAUUAUCUAAUCUAGGAGCUGUAGUUAUAGAUGAAUUACACCUCGUAGGUGAUCCAAGUCGUGGAUACCUUUUAGAAUUACUUUUAACUAAAUUGAAAUUCAUAACCAUUAAGGAUGAGAAUGUUAAUAUACAAUUAAUUGGAAUGUCUGCUACACUUCCUAAUUUAUCCCUUUUAGCUAAGUGGCUGGACGCAGAAUUGUAUAAAACAGAUUUCAGACCAGUACCCCUGAACGAACAAUGCAAGAUAGAGAAGAACAUUUAUGAUAAUAAAUUAUGCUAUAUAAGACAGUUAACACCAAUGCCUGAAUUAAGUAUGGACACAGAUGAUAUUAUUCACCUAUGUAUCGAAACGAUAUCCGAUGGACAUAGUGUUCUGAUCUUUUGUCCAACGAAAAAUUGGUGUGAGAAACUAGCUCAACAAAUUUCCGCCGCAUUUUCCGUACUGGGUCUAAAGGAUACCCAGCUGGGUAGGAUGCUAAGACAGGAAUUGAAUCCUGAACUGAUCUCAGAAACAUUGGAGCAACUGAAACGUUGCCCUACAGGAUUAGAUAGCGUACUACGGAACACGGUUUCAUUCGGGACAGCUUUUCACCAUGCUGGGCUCACGAUGGACGAACGAGAUGUUAUAGAAGGAGCUUUCAGGACUGGAUCUUUGCGAAUUCUUGUUGCAACCUCGACUUUAAGUAGCGGGGUAAAUUUACCUGCUAGAAGAGUAAUUAUUAGAUCUCCAAUGUUUGGGGGCAGAUUACUGGAUAGUCUUACUUAUAAGCAAAUGAUAGGACGUGCGGGUAGAAUGGGGAGGGAUACAGCAGGAGAAAGCAUACUUGUGUGUAAACCGAAUGAACAAAAGGGAGCUGAAGCAUUAUUAUCAGCUUCUUUGGAACCGAUUGAAUCCUGCCUUAAUGAUUCGGGACCUUUAAUUAGGGCUCUCUUAGAAGCUAUCGCUAGCGAAGCUGUUUAUACCCCGGCGGACCUCGAAUUGUAUACUAAAUGUACUUUAGUACAUCUAAGUAACGAAAAUGAUUCAAAGAAUCCAUCGACCGAAGCAGUCAAGUUUCUAAUAGAUAAUGAAUUCUUAUUAUUGCAAAAAACCGAGGAAGGUCAGAGGUGGGUAGCUACAGCUUUUGGGAAAGCGUGUUUAACAGCCUCUGUACCACCCAGGGAUGGUCUGAUGUUACUUGAAGCGCUUCAAAAAGCAAGACGAUGCUUUGUGUUGGAUACAGAGUUACAUGUUGUGUAUCUGGUAACACCUCUCAAUUCGGGAAGUCAAAUUGGGACUAUUGACUGGAUGACGUUCUUCGACUUAUGGAGAAAGCUACCAGAGAGCGAACGUAGGGUCGGACAACUCGUCGGUGUGGAAGAACGAUUUUUAAUGUCAGCUAUAAGAGGCGUCGUGCGAUCAGGAAAAUCGCUCAAUAUACAUAAGAGAUUUUAUACUGCGUUAGCUUUGCAUGACUUAGUCCGUGAGGUUCCACUUAAUACGGUUUGUAAAAAAUACAGCUGUUGCCGUGGAGUUCUUCAAAGUCUACAACAAUCUGCCUCUACGUUUGCUGGAAUGGUAACACAAUUCUGUAAGCAGUUGGGAUGGGAUUGUAUGGAAUUAUUAGUUUCGCAGUUUCAAACGCGUUUACAGUUUGGUGUCUGUAGAGAAUUGUUAGAUCUGUUGCGUCUUCCAAUGUUAAACGGAUUGCGCGCUAGAAGUCUUUACAAGCACGGAAUCACAUCCGUAGCUGAUUUAGCUAUUGCAAAUGAGCUCGAUGUCGAACGCGCGCUUUAUAAAGCCCUCCCUUUUGAAAGCGAGAAGGAACAGGAUGGUGAACACGAAUUAGAAGCAUUAAAACGAAAUAAGAUGAGGACGGUGUUUGUUACUGGCAAGGAUGGCUUAACGCCUCACGAAGCUGCUGUUUCGCUAGUUCAAGAAGCCAGAAUGUUAGUCCAGAACGAACUAGGAUUGCAAAAUGUACCGUGGAAAGAAAAUGAACAGUCUGUAAUUACAAAUGAAUCAAACACUGAAAUAAACUCACGGAUUCAUCAAUCCACGAACCGAACUAUAGAUAACUGUAAUAUACAAAUGCAGAUUGAAAUUGCAGAUAAUAAUUGUCAAAGUAAAAUCUGUUCAGAUGAGAAUGACAUUAAAAAUAAGCAUGUAAAAAGCGUGAUUGAAGACGAUCAGAGUAUCGAUAAAGACUGGAAUUUGCCUGAUAAAAAGAAUACAGAAUUGAAUCACAAAGAUGAAACACCUGACAUGAUUGAUAGCGUCACUAAAAAUGUUAAAAAACCCAAUUCCCAAGGUGUCAUUUGUACUAAUAAAGAAAUGAAUGCAUCGAGCAAAUCUCAUAAAGUUGAAAAAUCUACAAUCAGCCCAAUUGUCGCGGAUAAUUCUGAAAAAGAUAAACCUAAUUUGCCGAAUGAAUUUCAAAAUACAGUAAAUAAUACAGGACUUACGAAUCAGUUAUUGCAAAUAGAAAUUCCAGAAUGUACAAAUUCUUCGGAAGAAAAACUAUCUUUUGACUUUUUCGAAGGUAGUAGUCCGAAACUGCGACAUGAUUCUCAACAAAAACGGGACAGUGCAUCGUUAAUUGAUCUUACAAGUAAAAAUAAUUGUAUUCAUAAUUUUACGAUGAGAAAAUUGAGGAACAAUAUUCAGAAUGAUCAAGAUACAAAUAGCAUUCCUAAUAAAAAGGUAAGGAUUUCGAAUGAGGCAAAUACAGCAGGAUCGCCUGGCGCGAAUAAAACUACACAUUUAUCUAUGAUACCAGCUACCUCGCAAAGUCCUAGCUUAUUCGAUGAAAGUUUAAAUCUCGAUACGCAAAUAUGUGAUAUUCUCGAACAAAAUAUCAUCGAUUCCCUGCAAUUUUCAGAAUUUGAAGACAGUAGAUCAUUGCAAAAAGCAAUAGUAAAUAGGGAAGUGAAUAACAAGUCGCAAACUAAUGAACCAAUUAACAGAGAUAUGCAACCGGAAGAGAAUACGAGGGAUUUAAAUAAAAAUACAUUAGAUGCAACUAAUUCUCUGGCAAAAAGUAAUAUUCUAUCUUGGAAAGAUGACUCUUGGAAUGAACCGAAGAAGUUAGCAGAAAAGAUAAAUAGACUUAAGGACAAGAAUAACCAAAAUAUUUUAGCUGGGCCUAGUAUCAGGAACAUAAAAAACAAACAAAAUAUUAUAGAGUCUGCAGGUACAAGUGAUUCUACGCCAGAGAUAAAAAAGAAACUCGACAGUGCAUCUGAACUACCUACGGGCACUCCUGAUAAUAUAAGAAAAAUAUCCCAGAUCCAUAGAUUGAAAGACACAGCAGCAGCUAAAUCACCCUUAGCGAACGUCGUUCUUUUUAACAAAAAUCGUACAGCGUCAUUGGAUUCAAACAAAUCUGAUUCAGACGAUAUCGUCGUUGCUUCGCAAAACAUGAAUUCACCUCUUACAAAUGUCAGACUGCGAAGUAGAUUAGAUUCGGAAAAGAAACAGAAGUUCCUCACGCAAAAGAUACCAGAUCAAUUACCAGUAGAUAACAAGAAACAUCAGAACACAGUUUCAAAAACGAUACAGAUUGAAAAACGCAAAAUUGAACCAACAUUGAAGGACAUAAUUGCACACAAUACAUUGAUUGAUAAAAAUUGUAGUACCGAUAGCGUAAUUUCAAAUUCCGAAGAAGACACUCCUGUAAAAUCGACGAAAAUUUUACAGAAAUCUAGAAUGAUUUUAAAAAGUACUCAGAAGGCCUAUAAACAGUACGUGCAAGAAAAUGAAAUUAUGGACACCGUGGAUGAAUUAACUGACUGGAAUACGUUAAACAUCAUAAAAGUUGGGAGUGAUAGGGGCACAUUUAAUUUAUUUAAGCGUGAGGUAAUACAGAAGCGAUAUAUUGCCCUAGCUUUGAAUUGUCAAUUGCACAACGAUGAAGCAAAUGCUAUAGGCACUAAGAUUAUUAGCUCUACUUCCGAGAAGAAAAAGAGAUCGAAAAAGCCGGAAAAUUACACACAUAUAAAUAAAAAAUUAUGCGGUGCUGCUAUUACUUGGUCAAGCAAUAUCGCGUAUUAUAUUUCGUUCACAAAUGAGCAAGAUUUAAAAGUCCCAGGCAAAGAGCAAAUGAAGCUACUAAAAGAAUUGCUGUCAAAUACAUUCUUAAAUGUAAAAUGCUUUGCAACUAAAGACAUUUUCAAAACGUUACAUGAAUGCUGUGGUAUCACCCCAAGUUGCAAAUUUUUAGACCCAAAGGUGGCAAAUUGGUUGUACGAUGGAAACAUUCAGGAUAAGACUUUUAGCGAAAUAAUAACAGAAUAUUUCCCUCAAGGAUGUUUCAUUUCUAAGAAGAUAGGUGUAUGUUACGAUGUAGGGCCUGGAUUACAAAUCAAAAGCGCAAUACCAGGAGAAUUUAGAGCUUCUGCGGAGUCUGUUCUGACGUGGCACGUUACAGACUCCUUGUUGGAUAAGUUAGAGGAACUAAACUCGACUUUAUUAUACACGUUCAAAGAAAUUGAAAUGAAGACGGUGACUUUACUGGCGUGUAUGGAAUUAAAUGGUUUAGGAGUUUGUUUACAAGCGUUGCAAGAUCUGUCUUCCGUUAUUCGCAAGGAAAUGUUGUCUUUAGAGGAACGAGGGUACAAAUUAGCUGGGAGGAAAUUUAAUUUUGCCUCAUCGAAACAAGUUGGACAAGCUUUAGGCUUGUAUAAAGGGAAAAAACUAAGUGUGAAUAAAGCCGUUUUGGAGCAUACUGAUCAUCCGUUAUCUACUAUCGUUAUGUCGUGGCGGAAGCUAAGUGCUACUCAAUCGAAGAUUGUCUACCCAGUAUUGAGUAUCGCUCAACGUAGUUCUCGCAUUCAUGGUAACUGCGUUACGUGCACUACGACCGGAAGAAUUUCGAUGCACGAGCCGAAUUUACAAAAUGUACCGAGAGAUUUCAAUUCUGAGGAUGACAGCUUCACGAUAAGCGCACGAAUGGCAUUUAUACCUUCACUAGGCAACAUAAUGUUAUCUGCCGAUUACUGUCAACUUGAAUUAAGGAUAUUAGCCCAUUUUUCGAAGGAUCCUAUUUUAUGCGAUAUCAUGCGGAGCCCGGGUGAUAUUUUCAAAAGCAUUGCUGCGUCGUGGAAUCACGUAUCGGAAUGUCAGGUCGAUGAUAAAAUGCGCCAGCAAACGAAGCAACUAUGCUACGGAAUGAUCUAUGGUAUGGGAGUAAAAACGCUCUCCGAAAAUCUGUCAGUAGACGAGGAGAAAGGCAAGGAAUUCUUAGAUUCCUUUAUGAAUGCAUAUCCAAAUAUAAAUAGAUGGUUAAAUAAUGUACGAGAAGAAGCGCGUACAAAUGGAUACAUAACGACUCUCUUGGAAAGACGGAGAAUGUUUCCUGGAUUAGCAAGUACUGAUCCAUCCGAAAAAGCUCAAGCGGAACGUCAAGCAGUGAAUACUAAAGUUCAAGGAUCUGCAGCCGACAUUGCUAAAAAAGCCAUGGUGAUUAUUGAAGAAAGAAUGCGUUAUGAAUUUCCAACUUCAGCAAUUGUUAUGCCUACAGUCAACCCAUCUACUCGCAGACUAAGGAGUAACAGUCGAGAAGGACAGCAAAGAGGCGGUUAUUUAGUAUUACAACUUCAUGAUGAAUUUCUAUACGAGGUUAAUAUAAACGAUUUGAGACAAGUUGCGACAAUCGUAAAAGAAUCAAUGGAACAAGUAUGCCAACUUACGGUGCCACUACCUGUAAAGCUCAAGGUUGGGCCUGCAUGGGGAGAUCUUUCUCAAUAUACUAUUUGUUGAUCGAUGAAGUUAUUAUACAUAUACGUGUUAAUUUUACACUUUUACAAAUUAAUUUGAUCAAUCAGUGGUGAUUUAUACUAUGUAAAAUAAUUUCGCAAUUUUAUACACAUCUGCGUACGUUUACAAUAAUUGGAAUUGUACAUAUACAAAACUAUUUUAUACUAUGAUAUAAAAUUGUAUACUGAUCAAUGAUUGUACGUUGAAGGAAUAAACAAAUUAUUUUAUUUUACA